CUGAACUUGAAGGAUGAGGAAGCCUGGACUCUGGGGGCUGUUGUGGAUAUUCUUUGUCUCAGAAGCUCAAGCUGCCAUUGACCUGUCUGAAGAAAGGUAUGACCUAGCUGAGGGGCAGACUUUGACAGUGAGAUGUCCCUUCAACAUGAAGUAUGCCAGCAGCCAGAGGGCUUGGCAGAGGCUUCAGGCUGGAAAGGAGCCCUCGACUCUGGUGGUCACCAAAAGGUCGUCUACACCCACGGAGUUCCGCGUGGGGAAGUACACACUGAAAGAUGACCCCGGGGAGUCCAUGCUAAUUGUUGAAAUGACUGACCUUCAAGUGGCAGACUCUGGAUUGUAUCGCUGUGUGAUUUACCAUCCUCCGAAGGAGCCUAUUCUGCUCUUCUAUCCUGUCCGCCUGGUGGUGACCAAGGCUUCUUCAGAUGCGUCCACUCUUGACAUCACUCCUACUACAAGGCUGACUAAGGUUCCCAUCCUCACUACAAAACGCCUGCCCAGAGACCCAACUGUGACCCGAUCCCUCCCCAAGUCCACGGCUGCUGUCACUUCUCCUAACCCUGGAGUCACCCUCACAAACGUACCAAGAGUUAACAGGCUCUCCAUAACCAGUAUUGUUGUUCUCGUGGUCUGUGGACUCUUCAGUAAGACUCUGAUCUUCACUGUCUUGUUUGCUGUCACACAAAGGUCAUAUGGAUGACAGAGCAUGAAGCCACACAACAGUGACCUCUGACCUCCAGCCAUGUCUGUCCCACAGAAGGAGCUGGGGUGGAGGGCUAAGAUGAAGCUGUGACAGGAACUGAGGCUGUGACAGGAACUGAGGCUGUGAUUGCAGGUGACAUCUAAGGCUCAGGAUGCUCACUCUCCUCAGUUCAUCAGUCAUCUGGGAUGUGUGACCUCAGAAGAGAGGAAGCAACCCCAGCACAUGCUGGCCAUUCCCCCUAAUAGGAGGAUUUAUAAAAUAAAGAGA